AUGCAAGGCAUUGUCAUAACAUAUGUACUUGUCUAUGUUGACGGUAUUCUGGUUACAGGCAACCAGCUGUCUCAUGUCACCUCCCUCCUCCAACAACUUGCCAUAGAAUUCUCUAUCAAAGACCUUGGUCGCCUCAGUUUCUUCCUUGGUGUUAAGGUUUUCUAUCAACAUGGUGGUGGUGUCCUUCUCUCUCAAGCACGCUAUAUGUCUGAUCUUCUUCAACGUGCUGGAAUGACUGACUGUAAACCUGUUACCAUGCCCAUGGCCACCACCUCUGUAGCCUCUUCCUUAGGGGGUGUCCUUCUCUUGGAUCCCACAAGGUAUCGAUCCAUUGUAGGUGCUCUCCAAUACAUCACUCUCACCAGACCUGAUGUAGCGUACUCUGUCAAUCGAGCUUGCCAGUUUAUGCAUGCUCCCUCGGAGGACCAUUGGACCCUGGUCAAAAGAAUCCUCCGUUAUCUCCAGGGCACAAAAGACCAAGGGUUGUUCAUCUCUAGGUUCGAUUAUCUUCAACUUCAGGCAUUCUCUGAUGCUGAUUGGGCUAGUGAUAAUGCUGACCGGAAGUCGACAGGCUGCUAUGCCAUCUACAUGGGUCCAAAUUUAAUCUCUUGGGCAUCUAAAAAGCAGAAAAUGAUUGCACACUCUUCUACUGAAUCAGAGUACAAGGCUGUCGCUAAUGCUUGUGCAGAACUCACCUGGCUCCGCUCUCUCUUUGCUGAACUGAGCAUUCCUAUCCCCACAGUGCCAAUCCUUUGGUGUGACAAUAUUGGUGCCACUUAUCUCUCAGUCAAUCCUGUGUUUCAUGCCCAUACAAAACAUGUUAAAAUAGAUUUUCAUUUUUUUCGGGGACAAGGUUGCCUCCAAGGAGCUUCAGGUGCAAUUCAUCUCCACAAAUGA